CAACUGCCGAGAAUACCCGAACAACGCCCUCAUUACUACCAAAGAUGGCGGACGGACUCGGUGAUUUCGAAGAUCAGCCUGCCCAACAGCAGCAAGAAGAGGACCCCGCGGCCGCCUUCCUGGCUCGGGAGCAGGAUGAGUUAGCAGGUUUAGAAGAUGACGACGUGGCGGGCUUACAGGAGGAGACUCCAGCCGCCCAAGUUCCAAGUGCCAUGGAUGAUAACCUGGACUUUCUAUCAGGUGGUGGAGAUGGGGGUGGGUUGGCUGACUUUGAGGGGGAACCAAGUCAGCAGCAAAAUGAAGACAUCUUCGGCGCUGACCAGGGACAGCCACAGAGCAACGGCCCUGUGCCCACCCCUGCACCCAGACGGGAGGAACCAGAGAAAAUCCGCAAGUGGAGAGAAGAGCAGAAGGCCAUGCUGGAGAAGAAAGAUGCCGAGGCAGAGCGGCUGCGGGAAGAGUGGAAGAAGGAGGCUGCAGAUGAGCUCAGGAAGUGGUACGCACAGAGGGAGGAACAGCUGGAGAAGACCAAGGCUUCCAACAGGGUUGCAAACAAGGAACUGCUAAAGCAGCUGGAGGAUGAUGCUCUUGCGACGCACACGCGCCGCAGCCGCACGUCAGCAGAAGAGGCAUUCCGAGAGGAAGUUGCGGAGUCGAACCCCGGCCAGGAGUGGGAGCGUGUGGCGCGCAUGUGUGACUUCAACCCCAAGAGUUCUAAGGGCAGCAAGGACACAGGGCGCAUGAGAUCCAUCCUCCUUCAUUUGAAGCAGGAAGGGCUGCAGCGUUAGAAAACAUAGCCUCUCAUUGGGGACAAUAGAACAUGAUGAAGAUAGCAGCACAUUUAAAAAUCAAUAUCUAACACGUAUAUAUGUAUAUCCCAGGUAGUGUCAUGUAAUUGUGCUACUACAGUUUUACUAGAAAGUCUGUAAGAAGUGUCUGUUUUGGAAGAUGGUGAUAAUUCAAAAUAGUAGAGAGUCUGCGAUUUGAAUGAUUAAAAGUAAUAAGUCCUUUUUUGGUAUGCCAAAUUCACUUGUCCAGCAACAUUCUGGGGGAUAUUGCAAUUAGAAUAAUGCUCCAUAUCCAUUUUUUUUUACAGUUAGUCCUUUUAUGUGAAGAAUUGAUAGUGUCCAAAAGCUCCAAGCAGCAAACAAUCUGUGGUAGUGAUUAAUAGAUUUACUUGCAUAUCUAAAAUACAAUCUAAAUAUCAUGAUGUAGUAGAGGGAACUAGUAACACUAAAACAAAGGUGAUUAUGAAAAUGCAUAAUAAAGCAAUGUACAUUCCCACCUCA